UGCCAUAUUCCCCCCCCCCCCCCUUCACUUUUCUCCCUCUCCCUUUCCCGGAAAAUUCACAUCAGAUUCGAUUCAAUCGUCGAUCUUUACUAAUUCUCCUCGGGAAUCCCUCGCCCUCCUCCUUUCAAUCCGUGUCUUCUCAUUGUAAUGUUCCAGAUUUUCAAGUACUGGGACUGAGUCUGAUUAAUUAAGCUUCUUGCUUGAUUCAUAAAACAAUGGAGGGAGACAUGUUUUCUGGGAUGAACAAUAAUGGGACACAGAUGGAUGGGAAGGUGCUGCAGACAUUCAAGAAGAACUUUGUUCAAGUGCAGAACAUCUUGGAUCAGAACAGGCUUCUGAUAAACGAGAUAAACCAGAAUCAUGAGUCCAAGGUAGCAGACAACCUCAGCAGAAACGUGAGUCUGAUCAAAGAGCUCAAUAAUAACAUCAGGAAAGUGGUGGAUCUGUAUUCCGAUCUCUCAACCUCUUUCUCCAAAUCCAUGGAAGUUUCUUCAGAGGGAGAUUCAAGUGGUGCUGUAAAAUCAGAUGGCAAAGAAGUUGGCCACAAGAGGCUCAGGCCUACUUAGAGAAUUAAUAUCAGAGCUUGUUAUUGUGUUCUUAAAUUUUGUAAUUUUUUUCCCCAAGAUAUAGAACAAGAUUAAUUAGAAUUAAUUUGUAGUUGAAGCUGUGUUUUAGCUUGAUUAAUAGCUCAUUACUGACUCAGAUCUUAGAUUUCAAAUAAGAAUGGCUUUUGCAGAA